CUCAUCUCGCAGACAAAAGCACUCUAACCCUCUCAAAGGUGCUCAAAGAAAAAGCAAAAGCAGAAAGAAAAAAAAGCACAGGAGGUUAAGGGGAGCUUUACAGAGAGAGAGAUUUAAAGCUUGAAUCUUUAUCUUCUGGGAGGGUUUUAUUUUGCAUCUCAGUCCCAUUUCUCCAUUGGUUUCUCUCAAACAUCCAAAUAAGAAUAUUGGGUUGGAGAGAGAGAUAGAGAGAGAGAGAUGGGAGUGUACAAAAGCGCUUGUUGCGUGAUAUUGGUUGCCCUGCUUACUGUGAUCUGCACAAGUGGUGAAGAUCCCUACAGGUUCUACAACUGGAAUGUCACCUAUGGUGAUAUCUACCCCCUUGGAGUUAAACAGCAGGGGAUAUUGAUAAAUGGGCAGUUUCCAGGGCCGCAGAUCGAGUCUGUCACCAAUGACAACCUCAUCAUCAGCGUUUUCAAUAGCUUGGAUGAACCUUUUCUCAUCUCUUGGAAUGGAGUACAGCAGAGAAGGAACUCAUGGCAGGAUGGGGUGUUUGGCACGAAUUGCCCCAUCCCGCCGGGACAUAACUUCACAUAUGUUCUUCAAGUCAAGGAUCAGAUUGGCAGUUACUUCUACUUCCCUUCCCUUGGCCUCCACAAGGCUGCAGGAGGGUUCGGUGGUAUCAAAAUUGACAGCCGCCCACGUAUUCCAGUACCUUUCCCUCCUCCUGCUGGAGAUUUUACCAUACUCGCCGGAGACUGGUUCAGUAAAAAUCACACUGAUUUGAAAGCAAUUUUAGAUGGUGGAAAUAAUCUUCCCAUCCCCGACGGACUCCUCAUUAAUGGCCGUGGAUCCAAUGGGUUUACAUUUACAGUUGAUCAAGGCAAGACAUACAGAUUGCGGAUAUCGAAUGUGGGGCUUACAACUUCCAUUAAUUUCAGAAUCCAGGGGCACAAGAUGUUGUUAGUAGAGGUGGAAGGCACCCACUCUCUUCAAAACACUUACAGUUCUCUUGAUAUUCAUUUGGGUCAGUCCUAUUCUGUAUUGGUUACAGCUGAUCAACCGCCACAAGAUUACUACAUUGUUGGCUCUUCGCGUUUCACGUCACAAGUGCUCAGUGCAACCUCCAUUCUCCACUACAGUAACUCUGCAGGAAGUGUUUCUGGUCCUCCACCCGGUGGCCCAACAACUCAGAUUGACUGGUCUCUUGAACAAGCCCGAUCUCUCAGACGGAAUUUGACAGCGAGUGGUCCGAGGCCUAACCCCCAAGGCUCUUAUCAUUACGGAUUGAUCAACACCACCCGCACAAUCAGGCUCACAAACUCUGCUCCAAUUAUCAAUGGCAAGCAGAGAUAUGCUGUGAACAGCGUUUCAUUCAUCCAACCGGACACACCACUUAAACUUGCUGACUACUUCAAGAUCUCAGGGGUGUUUUCCCUUGGAAGCAUCCAAGACAACCCCACUGGCGGCGGUGCUUAUCUUCAGACUUCUGUCAUGAAUGCUGAUUUCCGUGGCUUUGCUGAACUUGUGUUUGAGAAUCCAGAGGAUACUGUGCAGUCAUGGCACAUUGAUGGCCAUAAUUUCUUUGUUGUAGGGAUGGAUGGUGGACAGUGGACCCCUGCAAGCAGAUUGAGAUACAAUUUGAGAGACACUAUAUCUCGCUCCACCGUUCAGGUGUAUCCCAACUCAUGGACUGCAAUCUACAUGCCAUUGGACAAUGUGGGAAUGUGGAACAUAAGGUCCGAGAACUGGGCACGGCAGUACUUAGGCCAGCAGUUCUAUUUUCGUGUCUACUCGCCUGCGAAUUCAUGGAGGGAUGAAUAUCCGAUCCCAAGGAAUGCUCUUCUAUGUGGUCGUGCAUUGGGGCGCAGAACCCGGCCUCUUUAAGCAAACCUGCAUUUUCGAAAGGUGAAAACUGUAAGCAUUGUCAGGUUCAUAGAUGUGAACUACAGGAGAGGAUAUUGUCUGCAAAUCAAAGAUGUAGGGCUUAACUUGAGCCAUUUUCGUCACCCUUUGUUAGUUUGUGUCUUCUCUGUGUGAUCCAAAUCAAACUUUUUGGAUCUAAUUUUUAAAGAUAGAUUGUUAUCCAUCAUGUAUUCUUUGUUUAACGUAUUUUAAUCACAAAGGAUUUUUUUU